AUGGAGGGGGGCCCCCAUACCAUCAGGGGGGCCCUCCUUAGGGUCACAGUAGCAGAGAUACAAAGACAAGCAGCUGCCUGGCAACAGCAGCAGCAACAACAGCAGCAGCAGCAACGACAGAAGAAACAGCAUCAGGCUGCUGCUUCAGCUUCUGCGUCAAAGGAAGAGGGGGCCCCUGCAUCUAAGGGGGCCCUCAAGGAGCUGCAGGUGUGGGGCCCCUGGUAUAGCCGGGGUGUAUGUAUAGAGGGCCUCGCAGUCUCCCGAAAGAGGGUACAGUUGCGGGGGCCCCGCACCUCAGCAGCAGCAACAGCAGCAGCAGCAGGAGUGGGUUAUAUAGACACUGUAGAUAUAGAUGACGGCACAGGGGUUAUUACCUGCCGAUGGGUAUGGGGGGCCCCAAAGGCCCACAUGGGUGCAUGCAGCAACCCCACAAAAGGAGACACAGAGGGGCCCCUGGGGGCCCCCGGGCUCCCACACCUCAAGGGGGCAGUCCCCUUAGAGCCCCCUCUAGUAGAGUUGGUAGAAGAUGCUGACCCUAAUGGGGAGGCCCUCUCCUUUGCUGCUCUUAGGACGCAGAGGGCAGCAUUAGACUGGUGGAGGCAGCAGCAGCAGCAGCAGCAGCAGCAGGGGAUGCAACAGCAGCAGGACAUACAGCAGCAGAAACAACAACAGCAACAUGUGCAGCUGCAGCAAGAGGAGCCGCUACCCAAGCGUCUUCACCAGCAGCAGCAGCCAGAGCAACAACAGCAGCAGCAGCAGCAGCACAUGCUACACGUGCAGCAGCAAGUGCCGCAGCAUCAAGGGGAGACCCAAUCCUUAUUAUUAGAGUGUAUGGGGAGAUCAGAUGCAGCAGCAGAUGCAUUUGCUGCUGCAGCGGAUGCUGCUGCUGUAGCUGAUGCUGCUGCUGUAGCUGAUGUUGCUGCUGCAGCUGAUGCUGCUGCUGCUGCACUUGCUGCAGCAGCAGCAUCUCAAGGAUGCACAGCAACGCAAGUUAUUUCAUAUCCUCAAUGA